UCAGCUUUACAGAGCUUUUGGUCUCUUGUAUUUUAGAACCCUCUAGUUUGCCACUGGAUUUGUUCUGUAGUUUUUCAUGUCAAAAUUAUUUCCCCAUUGAUAAAAAUGAAAUAUCCUCUAGUUUUGCUGUGGUCUUCCAGCUUAUUUGGAUUUACCUGUGGGACAGGGUAUAUGUAUCAAUUCCCAGCAUCACCUCUGCAGCACAACUACCCUGAUCAAAACUCAGCAUCUGCAAGCAGCAGUUACUCAAAUCGAAGAAACUGGUGCCAAUUCACAGUAACAAAAACAGUUACCUGCCAAGUACAAAACGGAUCGGAGACCGUGGUUCAGAGAGUAUACCAGAGCUGCAGAUGGCCGGGACCUUGUACAAAUCUUGUGAGUUAUAGGACUGUCAUGAGGCCUGUGUAUAAAAUGUCCUAUCGUACAGUCACUACUUUGGAAUGGAGAUGCUGUCCAGGAUUCACUGGAAGUAACUGCGAGGAAGAAUGCAUGAAUUGCACAAGACUGGCGGCAAUAGUAGACAGGAUAAGCAGCCUUGAAACCAAGAUUAUCAAACUGGAGAUGGCAGAGAGAGUGUCAGAGAAUGACCUGCCGAUCACAAGAAGCACUGCAGUGUGGAAUGAAGACUUUCUGCCAGAUGCCAUUCCUCUGCUCAGCCCAGGAGGCAUAUUUAGGAAAUCCGUUAAAUCUCCACCAGAAUCUAAAGGAGAUAAAAUUGAAGAAAAGAAGACUCGAGGGUUGCCAGGAAUCCCAGGACUACCUGGAUCAACUGGAUCUAUUGGUUUACCUGGAUCAAAAGGAGACCGAGGAGAAGUGGGGGAAGCUGGACCUGCUGGGCCCCAAGGACCUAUGGGACCUCGAGGGCCAAAAGGAGCUCCUGGAGAAACUGGAAUACAAGGACCACCAGGCCCUCCAGGGCCACCUGGACUACCUGCCAUCCCAAUCUCUUUUCCAGAGGGAGUUUUGUACUCUUUACAGCCUAACUCAGAGAGGGAAAAUGGAGAACCACAUUUAGUGUCUACAAUUACAGAUACUGUAAUGUCUGGCUUUCCUGGACCACGUGGCCCUCCUGGCCCUAUUGGACCCCCUGGACUUCCAGGACCAAACGGACCUGCUGGCCCAAUGGGUCUUUCAGGAACUCAGGGUAAACCAGGACUUCCCGGCCAACCAGGAACAAAGGGUCAGAAAGGUGACCAAGGAGACAGGGGUGAACACGGCCUACCGGGAGUGCAAGGCCUUAAGGGUCCUCCUGGGGAACCUGGAAUAAAAGGAGAAGAAGGACAUAAAGGAGAAGAGGGAGAUUCCGUCCAGCAGCUCAAAGAAGCUCUGAAAAUAUUAGCAGAGAGAGUAUUAAUUUUGGAGCACAUGAUAGGAAUACAUGAUACAAUUGUGGAGCCAGGGUCUGGCCAGGACAUUUUGGGCACUAUUACCACUAAAAACUUUAGACAGAAGCGGGGGCUACAAAAGAAAUAUCAGACGUAUGAUAUCUUCUCAUCACUGCUGGAUGACAGUGAAUUAAGUCAGAACUGAUCACAUGGACCUUAUUGCAUUCUUGUGAAAUCUCCAGCCCACAGAUUAAAACCAAACUUUUUCUUUACAGCAGAAAGAUGAAUUGCAAGAGCUUUAACAAUUUAACGGCAUAUCAGAGCAAGAAAUUGUAAUGGGAACCAGAUACUUUCAUUUACUUCAAGUUUCUUAAUUAUCGUUUGAAUCAAUGUACCAUUUGCAAAUCAAGUCUUCUUAAAAAUGUUAUUUGUAACAUUAUUUGGGCAGAUUUUUACAGGAUGAGUCAAAUGUAUGAUUGCCCACCAGCUUUGUUGUGUAAUAUAUAUGAAUGUCAUGGUUAUAAUUUGUGUAAGAUAAUAUGUUUGUUUGAAGACCCAAAGUCCCAAGUCACAUGACAAGUGACCUUAUAAUGCAUAUAUAUAUUAUUUUUUAUUUAUGCCACAUGUCAUCAAAAUUAGAACAGUAUGGACCAUGAAUGGUUCCAGAUGCAAUCUCUUUAACAAAUCACUGAUAAAAUAUAAAUUUCUCAUCUUUAUGUGUUACAGAACUAAUUUGGAAACAUUUUAUACACUUGCAUAUGCAAAAUAAUUUACAGUAUGUCUAAUUCCCUUAUUGCAGGGGGUUCGUCUCUGGACUACAAAUCAUUAGUGGAUAAAUGUGCUUAAAUCUUAUGUAAUCAGAACACUAGAAACCCAUUUUUCAAAGUCAUCUCUUAUCAACAAUGAAUAUUUUUUACUAAGUAAACAUAGGAGGUCUGGACCCCAUGAAGUCACUUGAGCUCUAGCUUGCUAUGUAAAUAUGAAAACUUUGUCUAAAAAAUAUCUCAAUCUUGUUUAAAAAAAAACCAAAACAAAGCAGUUUGCUAGAAAAAAAAAUAUUUUAUUUGAUUAUCUUUAUAUCUAUAGAUUUAAGUUGGCCAGUGACUGGCAAUGAUUGACGGGACCAGUGUCCAAUUGGAACAUGGACCGAGCAUAACAUUUCUGUCCCAAUAGCAGUAAUCUUAAAACUGUAUGUACCAUCGUAGCCGGAAAUCAUCAGGCAUCAUGCUGCUUUCUUGUCUAAAUACAAGAGAACAAUUAACCUAAAGUAUGAUGAUCAUAUUAUCCCUUUUACCUGGGACACU